AUGACCCAUCGGUCUCGUACCCGCAGCUGGAGCACCUCCGCGGUGAAGAAGGCUGCCGUCGUGUAUCAGCAGCCCUCUGAGAAGAACCCCCAACCCACUGCAGCCAGCGUGUUGGGAUCCAGGUCCAAAGAGAACGUGCAGAUCAUUGUGGAGGACCUGGGAUCAGACAAUCCCAGCUUCAUCCUGGAGGAGGAAGAGGGCGGCGUCGAAGAGGGGGGGCCGCCGGGCCGCUCGGGAAGCUCGGUGUCUCCCCGCUGUGGGGCCCGGAUGAAGAGGAAGGUGGAACCCCGGUCCUCCAUGGUCCUUCAGCAAUGUCAGAGCAAUGUGGCCAGUGAGAAGGGCAAUGAAGUAAAGGAGGAAGUGGCAGAGGAGGCAGUGCUGGAUGAGGGGCCACUUGGGUGGGGGCCUGGAGCUUUCCUUCUACAACCCGUCAUCAACCUCAUCCCUCCGACGCCUUCGGCUGACAUCAAUGAUCAAUUCUUUGAUCUCAAUUCGGGGGAAUCGCCCUCGUUGGGCAGAGAGUGCAUAGACUAUGCAGGAGGCCUGGGCGAGAGAGACCGGGAGAGUCAUGAGGAGGAAGAGGAGAAGGUGAUGGACAAGGAGGCAUUGGAGAGUAUGCAGGACGUGGAAGGUGCAGAGGGUGGAGAGUUUAGGGGGUCUCCAUCAGCAGCCAUUAUGGUGGAUGGAGCAAACAUCAGCAGGGAUGAUACCUCAUCCAAUGAGGAAGCUGCAGAGAGGCCAAAUUUGCAUUUCUUCCAGCACAGUGCCUUCAAGGUGGCUCUUCUGCCUCAGUACCCCAGGAAGCUGAGCUUCAAUGCAGGAAUUAACCUGUUAAAGUUUACAGAGCAGGAUUUGGAUGACUUGACCAACAAAGACGUAAGCAGCCAUGAGGUACUGAAAGCCCAACUCUGCCUCCUGCCAGUCAGCUCCAAGAUGACAGAUGCUCAUUCACACCUACGGAUGCCCGCAAUUAGUACUUGCACUUUAGGAAAUUCUGUAUCCAGAAGUCACACCUUCCACUCUAUAAGCAAGGAGAGGAUCAGCCAUGAAUCACCAAGACAACGACGAAUAACUGUUGCGUCAUUCGUCUCUCAGCCCAAAGACCAGAAUGGGAAUUACCCAAGAGAGGACACCGGAAGGCGCUGCGCCAAGGCGCUGGCAGAGCUUGACACGGACGAGGUGUGCCAGUGGUUUGCCAACCUCGGCCUGCACCAUUGUCAGCCCUUUAUUAGAGGAGCGCAUCUGCAUGGAUGUCACAUCACCGCUAUUGACCAGGAUCUUCUCGACCGUAUUCAUGUGUCGACUCUGGAAGACCGGGAACGGCUGCUCUCGGCGGUUUACCAAGAGCUCCACCCCUCGGAUGCCAUCACGCAGACUGUGGACUCGCUGUUGGAUCUCUAUGGCCCCCACAAUGUGGAGAAGUUCACGGCAGCUUUGGCCUCCAUGAGCAAAGAAAUGUUUUCCCCUUAUGGAAGCCACCUCAGUGACGGUCAUCCAUUUACUUUCAGAGUCAAGGGACAAAAUUUAAACAGGCAGAGGAAUUCUCAUCUGGUGGAGCUGAGCAUAAAUGCUCUGGGCCAAAUGGUCCACCUGAGGACACACAGAGAGACAACAGUCAGCAAGGUCAUGGGCUCCUGCUUGGACAUCCUGGGGGUGACCGAGGACCGGGGGCUAUUUGGCCUGAGGAAUGUGGAAGAGCUUUCAGAUGCUUUCUUGGUGGACCAGAAGAUUGGAGAUCUGCCUGGAUCAGAGAAAAGAAUGCCAGAGUUACAGCUUUAUAAGAAGGAUAAGCCUGGGAAUGCUGAGACUCCACAGCUGACCCAGCAAGCUUUGUUGUCCAGUUCCCAAAGUGAUGCAGACAGGAUCCAUGAGCUGACCCAACAGGUGGAAUCACUACAGGACAUUGUUCAGCAGGUCCAGGAGCUUCACCAAAGCCUAGUCUCUUUCUACUCUGAGCUGAAGAACAUGGAAAACAUAUCUCCAGCUCAGGACCAGGGCCUGGCUGAGCUGGAGAAGCAGAUGGGACACACUAAAAGCAGAUGUCAGGAGACCCAACUGAGUAUCCAAGUCUUACAAGACCAGCUCUGUCACCUUGAGGCCAGCAAAAACAGGAGCUUACCUCAGAGGUGGUCAUUGUGAUGUAUUUUCAAGGUGGUGUGUGUCAAUGACCAUUUUACUUGUCUUCUCAUUUAUACAUCUGUACUUGCUGGAUCACCACAUACUGGAUACACAUUAUUUAAAUAGUUCGGUUUAAGGGUGAUAACUAAUAAAUCCUAUUCCAAAACCUCUACACAUCUGCUGCGCAUAAAAUAUUUUUUCCUGGUGUUAUCACCGGCUCCGGGGCUUGUUAGGGUAAUGACUGUUAACUCUUGGCAUUUGUUCAGUCCUCUUCUUUGCCAAAUAACCUGAUAUUGUGGGAGUGCCUGAAUAAGAGCUCAGAAUUCAUACUUUGUACACUGUGUUUAAUCUUGUUCGAAAGGGGCGAAAAAAUCUUGUUUCUCAAGUUCAUACAGUUGAGACUAUAGAAGGUUUAUACAAUGCAAGUCUGCACACAUGAAAUAUGGAGGAUAUUAAUCAUGUUUAUAGCCUCUUUCAUAAUGUUUUUUGUUGGAUAAACCAGCCUAUUGUGGAAACAACAACAGCUGACGUUUAAGCGAGCUCUA